AUGCAACGAUCUCAGUCGGCUGUGGACUUUUCCAGCCUCUUAAAUCCCGCCAGCGUGGACGACAGGGAAGUCAACAACAGCAACAUGGCCAGCGCAGCCGUGACCGUCAUCAAGCCCAACGGGCCUCUGCCCGGAACACAGUCGUCGGAGAACUCGAAUGAGCUCCCUCGCCCCUACAAGUGUCCCCUCUGCGACAAGGCCUUCCACCGCCUCGAGCACCAGACCAGGCACAUCCGCACCCACACGGGCGAGAAGCCCCACGCCUGCCAGUUCCCCGGAUGUAGCAAGAAGUUCUCGCGCUCGGACGAGCUGACCCGCCACUCGAGGAUACACAACAAUCCAAACUCGAGGAGGGGGAACAAGGGACAGCAACCUCACCAGCAGAUGGGCCACCACACCAUGGGAAGCGUGGGCGUGAGCGCCAUGGGUCACGAGGGCAUGAUGGCACCCCCCCCGGCCCCCAAGGCUAUCCGCUCGGCCCCCCCCUCGGCGCUGACGUCUCCCAACGUGUCGCCGCCUCACUCGUACUCGACCUUUGCCCUGCCCCCGCACCAGCCCCCGGUGUCGCACCUGCACCGGUCGACGGCGGCGGGCGGCGACAUCUCGAUGCUGGCCAAGGCGGCCCACCAGGUCGAGCGCGAGAACAACAUGGGCGGCGCGUACCACCCGCACCACUCGAGCAGCAGCAGCAGCAGCAUCAGCAGCAUGGGCGGUAGCAGCGGCGCCAGCACCCCCGGCGGCGGCCGUCACCACCCGUACUACCACCACCACAACUCGGGCCGCGGCCACCUGCCCACGCUGUCGGCUUACUCCAUGUCGAGGUCGCAUUCCGGCGCCGACGACUCGCACGGCGGCGUGCCCGACGAGCACUACAACGGCGCCCUGCGCAAUAUCAAGAGGUCGAGGCCCAACUCGCCCAACUCGACGGCUCCCUCGUCCCCCACCUUCUCACACGACUCCCUCUCCCCGACGCCGGACCACACCCCCAUCGCCACGCCGGCCCACUCGCCCCGCCUUCGUCCCUUCUCCGGCUACGAGCUCCCCAGCCUGCGCAGUCUCUCGCUCCAGAACCACACGACGCCCGCCCUGGCCCCCAUGGAGCCCAGCUUCGAUAUGGCUAACCAGCCCCAUCACGGCCCGGCCUCGGCCAACAACGGUGGCGCCGGCAACCUGCAUCAGCCCCCCCGCACCACCGGCUCCUCGCUGACCGACAUCCUCAGCCGUCCUGACGGCAGUCAGAGGAAGCUUCCCGUACCCAAGGUGACGGUGCAUGACAUGCUCUCUGACACUGCCAUCAGCCACUCCGGUCGCAGCUCGAGUAGUACCAGUCUCGCGGGGGGGGAUCUGGCUGAGAGGCUGUAA